AUGGCGCCUCCCAAUAAAGACGAAGAUGCAUAUCCGAUCGCCUAUCAACCCCUCAACAAGGAUAAACGAGAGAUACGUCUUCUUGAGAUCCUUCCCAGCACCUCUGAAGGCGAAGUCAACUGCAAACUCCACACCGUCCCCCUUACACCGGAUCUUUACUACACCUGCAUCUCCUACGUCUGGGGUGACCCAAAUGACAAGGAAGUCAUGAUCGUCAAUGGCGUCCCGACAAAGGUCGCCUGGAGUCUUAUUAAUGCACUUCGACACCUGAAGAAACACUGGACUGAUAUUGAACGAAAGUCAGAUCCUGAGCUCGACCCCUCCAAGUUUCGCUUGUGGGCUGAUGCGCUUUGUAUCAACCAAGAGGAUCUUACCGAAAAACGGGAUCAAGUCGGCAUGAUGGCAGAUAUCUACUCUUCGGCAGCAAUGGUUCUGGCCUGGAUUCAUCCAAGCGGCAAAGUUGUCAAGAAAGCGUUUAAGACUUUCGAAAAGAUAGUUCAAAUCGCUGAAGAAAACGUGGACAGUGACAGCUGGGAUAACGCAUUACCGUCCAAGUUUACAGGUCUUACAGAAAUAGAACUGUUCAGGAUUUGCGAAAGCCUACCUCCCUGGAAACCUAGCCAGUUGUCAUGGCUCUGUCCAAACGGCUCUGGUAUUGAUUUACUAGACUUCGUAAAACUCCUUUGCGAUCCUUAUGGGGCCGUGUUCAAUUUCUGUAGACUCGACUUUUGGAACAGAGUGUGGAUUUAUCAGGAGGUCAUUCUUGCGAAGAGGCUGUACUUUGUGUCCCGAACUCGCUGCAUAGAGCAUUCGACAUGUCUCGUGGCAUUAUAUGGACUAAUGGCCUAUAUGCAACACUUGAAAAGAACGAACCUGGUGUCGUGGAAGGAGGACAAUAUCGAUAUGUUGCAGUCCGUGUUUUCCAAGAUCUGGAAUCUCUUAAAGAUGCGCUUUGUGUUUCGAGGAAUUAUCGAUGGCGAUCAAGACCCCGACUUUUGUUUGUGGCAUCUGGGCUUGUACUUCUAUCCAGAUUCCGAGGCCUCCAAUAAGUUGGAUUAUUUCUAUGGUCUCUCGGGUGUGACAACAUCGCCAUUCGCCCCUGACUAUACCAAGAGCAUUCGAGAGGUAACCCUGGAGUUCAUGGCGUGGGUUUUGCCCAUCUGGAAAUCUGCCAAAUAA